AUCACAUCUUCAAGAUGCAGUACUCUAAGGUUCUUAUCACCAUGGCCAUGAUCGCCAUCGGCGCUGUCGCAUCCGAGGCCGAGUCCUGCUCUUGCGCCGCCGCUUUUACUACCACGGUCACCGCCGCGGCCUCUACUGAGCAGUGUAGCACUUCUGUCAUCGGUGUUUCCACCGGCUACACUUCCACUAGCAUUCUCGAGACUGCUACGCCCUCGUCCUCUGUGGCUUCCCCCACUGUCGGCUCCGCUUCCGGCUCGGUCACCACGGGCGGCACCGGCAGCACUACUGCUCCCGGCUCCGAGACUCAGCCCACCGGAAGUGGCAGCGCUAGCUCCACUGGCAUCGGAAGCUCCACCGCGAGCCAGCCUCACUCAGCCACUAUCAGUGAGGGUCAUUCCAGCACUCAUCCCGCUAGUACCCCUUCUAACACCAACGCGACUCCUUCGCCUUCUUCGGCUGCGGGUUCGGUACCUACCGGUGUGAUGGGCAUGAACGGCGUGCUCGGCGGAGCAGUCCUUGCCGCUUUGGUCCACAUUUAAGGAGAGAAAGAGCUGUUGAUGGAGGAGGGUUAUUCUGGCAUCUCGAGGCAGAAUGGUCUUUUCACUAUUUGACGCGUUCGAUUCUUUUCUGUGGAUACAAUUGCCAUACUACUGGUAUCGACUUUGCAUUAUCGCGUUUUCAUGCAUGGAUGAUGAGGGCAGGUUUUAAUGAUCGAUGUACUCUAGG